GGGAGUCUGUGGGAGAGGAGGAGGUGGCGGUGUGAUCUCGCUCUCUCUCUCCCUCUCUUUUUCUCCUACUGUAUCCCUUCCUUCCCGCUGCCAUGUCGUCCUCUGAUUUCGUGACGGAGGUGGAGGUGCAGCCGGAGAUCCAGGAGGUGGAGAUCGAGGCCAUCCCGGUGGACAUGCCCGUGGAUGCGAUAGAGACCUACGAGGGGGAGCCGAUCAUCUCCCUCCAGCAACUACCCGAGCCCGGCCGAGAGGAGAUCAUUUUCCAGACACAGGAGGAGGUUGUGGGCGAGCAGGAGAUCCCAUAUGAAAUUCCAGUGCCCGUUGAGAAUGAUGUGUGCGUUGAGUCGUCCCCAGGCCCUUCCAAGCGGCAGAAAAAGGGGCAGAAGAGAAGACGUGAGGUGAUAGAGGACUUCACAGCGACCACCUCCCUGGGACAGAAAUGGGAACAGAAGCAGGUGCAGAUUAAGACGCUGGAGGGCGAGUUCUCCGUCACCAUGUGGUCUUCAGGCGUCGACGAAGGUAAUGAAUGGUGCUUUCCAGAUGAGCUGAGUAACCCUGAGCCAGACCCAGACUACACUGAGUAUAUGACGGGUUCCAACAAGAAGCUGGCAGGCAUCCCCGGUGUGGACCUCUCCGACCCCAAGCAGCUUGCAGAGUUCGCCAAGAUUAAGCCCAAGAAAGCCAGCAGUGAUGAUAUAGCGCGCACCAUAGCCUGUCCACACAAGGGCUGCAAUAAAAUGUUCCGUGACAACUCCGCCAUGAGGAAACACUUACACACACACGGCCCACGCGUCCACGUGUGUGCAGAGUGUGGCAAGGCCUUCGUGGAGUCCUCCAAACUCAAGAGACACCAGCUGGUACACACCGGAGAGAAGCCCUUCCAGUGUACGUUUGAGGGGUGUGGGAAGCGGUUCUCUCUGGACUUCAAUCUGCGCACCCACGUUCGCAUCCACACAGGUGACCGGCCCUACGUGUGUCCCUUCGAUGGCUGCAACAAGAAGUUUGCCCAGAGCACCAACCUCAAGUCACACAUUCUGACACACGCCAAGGCAAAGAACAACAUGAGAGCAGCCACCAGUAGCACUCCACAGUAUGAAACCGACUACAACUCAACUCAGCAGUAUGUCCAAGUAGAAAUGCCCUCACCAGAUGACCAGCAGUUUGUCAUCUACACCAGCUAAUCCCUACAGGAGGAGGAGGAGGAGGAGGUGCAGGCGUAGGAUGAUAUCUUCACCGGGAGGGGGGAGGGAGGGAGGGGAUUGGGUAGGGAAUAGAUUUAAGCCUGCUUGUGAGAUGCAAUAUUUGUGUCUCUGUGGUUUUUGAGGAUUUACUGUGUUUAUUUGUGUGUAAGUAUGUGUGUGUGUGUGUGUGUGUGUGUGUGUGUGAAGAUGGAUCCUGUGAUUAUAUAUAACAGUUGACUGAGAAAACCCACUAGCUGGUAGGUCUUUCCAUACAUGUCAUGGGAUGUAAAAAGCUUAUUCUCUUAAUCUGCUGUUUGGUUCAGUUCACUACAAGUGUCUGCAGUAAAUAAAUUUCUCCCUUUUUCA